GCACGCGUUUUCGUUGAAGCAUAUGGCGCCAUGUUUGCCUCCUAACUUUCCAAUAGUAUUCUCGCUUCAAUUUUACAUACAGGAAGCUAUCUCGAGCUUUCUGUGAUGGAAGUUGACUUUAUUUUUAAUUCCAUUUCAUUGAAGAUCUGUUUCGUUUCUUCCGUUUUACUCUUCCACACCUCCCUUUUUUCUUUGCUGCAGUAGAAAUCUGUGUCAAGAUGAGCAUCGCUAACAUACCAUUCCCCGAAGAUAAGUAUAGAGAGAUUUCAGACUUGCCACAGCAUGAGACGGUGACACCCGCAACCAAUCCGAACUUUCAAGAGAGAACUAUCUCAGGUGAAAACUCGCUGAGUGCAGGCAUGAAAAGAUGCUUACCGGGAGGUGAAGAACAAGUCACAAAGAAACAGCACGUGUCCCAACAUCAACCAGAGUCCAAAAGUAAAAAAUUAAGCUUGGAAGACCUUAUAAAAGGCAAAACUGUGCAGGAAAUAGUGAAAAUAUUGAUUGAUCGGAUUAACAGGUUGAUUAAGAAAGACAUGGAGACUGACAUGGAAUCAGUGCUUGGCCAGCAAUGGCCAGUGCGACAGGAUCUCCUAGGCGUUAAGGAAAAGUUUCGAGCAAUAGCUAAUGCCAAUUUAGAUAUAGAAGAGGCAAAGGAAAGAUUGCUAGUAGCAGGACGCGAGUUUGAAACGUUAGAAAAUCAACGUAAAAAACCCUCAACAACAGCUGAGAACUCUGAUCCUCACAUGGAUAACAUCAAGGAGACAUUAAAGAAACAGCUUUCUUCAGGGCCUAUUACUGUUGAUCAAGAUUUUGAUCUUGAUAAUCUUUUAGAUUUUGAAAGCCUCCCAAAUAUUGAUUUUGAUACAAGUUUCCGACCUCCUGAUAAUCUCCGGUUUGCUUUUAUUGAUUGUGAAACCCAACUUUAUGAAAAAGGAAACAACCACGUGGGGGUAGAACAUUUCCCGGGCUUAGCAGAAGAGUUGCAGAAAACUGAUUGGGGAAAAACUCCGAGCUCCUUUGAAUCUAUUGCGACUCGAAUCGAAAAGGAUCGUGGAAAAGUUACUGAACUUGGCCAUAACACUGCUCAAGUUCUGGUUUGUGCUGCAGUAAAAGAGAUGGAAGCUUUUUCAGUUGAGAAAUUGGACAUGGAGAUGUUGAAAAAGUGGGGGGCGACACUCAACAAUGCCAAAGAACUUGGUUUUCAGGUGGGAUUUGCUGAUGAUUUGUUAAGGAAGAAUUUGUAUGUCUACUUUGCUUACAGAACAAUCUUGGACGAGGCUAAAGAAAAGGAGGUUUGAUAAAUCAAAGGUGGCUUAGCUCGCAUGGCUGAGAAUCAAAGGGUGUUUCCCAUUUGCAGCAAAAUUCACUGAACUUAUUUGGUUUGAUGGACUUUGGGUUUCUAUAUUUACUUCCCUCUAUUUGAACUAUAUGGUUUUGGGUGUCUUGCAUGGACUUGGUGUUUUGCAAUAUAAUUUAUACUAUAUGGUUUUUGAGACA